AUGGAUCAAGUUUGCCAAUUACUCAGAAAUCAGACCAGAAAUAUUUAGAACAUAGAAGGAAACAAAGAAUCACUUUCAUAUAGAAGAAUAAACUCCCCUGGACUUCCUAAUUCAUCUCUGAGGUCAAGCUGCAAGGGAGAUAAAAAACGAUUAGAAAUUGGAUUGAUCACAGAUAGAAAAUUAAGUGAAAGUCCAAAUUUCGAUAGGAUGUUUUCAACUGGAAACUUUAAAUUAUAAUAGUAGAAGAAUAGUGUAGUUGACAUUCCACAACCUUAAUCUUAAGUUCCAAAGAUGGAACCUCCAGUGAAGAGAAAUUUGAAAAUGAUUGAAAAGCUGGAAUCCGAUAAGCUUUGUUUAAAGAUAUAUAUAUCUGAGGAAGAUUAAAAUUAAUUAAUAUUCACAGGGAUUAGUAAAGAGAAAUUGCAAUCACCCAAAUAAAAUAAAAAGGCAUUAAUCAAGAAUUUGCAAUAGUUAUUCUAAAAAGGCAUCAAAGAUUAAAAUAAAUACAUGAAAUUAGAAUCUUUAGAGAAGCAUGUAAACCUUGAAAAUCCAUAAUAUUAUGGACUUGUAAAAAACAAUAAUAACAACUCCAGCGGAAGAGUUAUUACUCAAAACAACGAAAGCAAAUCAAAUUUGGAUAGAUCAUUAUCUAUUUCGACCAUAUAGGAAUACAAAUCGAAUACAUCCAGCAAAAUUAAUAAAGACAUUGAAGCAUUGGAAUUUGGAACAAAUAAAUAAAAAAAUUAGUAGUAAAAUCAUUCAAACUCGAAAUUUUAAAAGGCAUAACCAUUAGGAUCAUAUAAUUUAACAAUAAAUUUGAAACAGAAAUAGAAAGACAGCAAAACAUCAUCUUAAAAUAAAAAGGGACCCUCUCCUUCUUUCUCAUAAUAACGAAAUUCCCAAUAAAAAUGCAUAAAUAAAAUGAAAUCAAAUGCAAAAUCACUACAUGUAUGA